UUUAAUCACUAGCUCUUGCCCUGAGGGACUUGCAAAGAAACAACAAUGAAGCAGCUCUGUAAUGGCAUCAUGGUUGGCAGGCAGGCAGACAGCAGCACCAAGAGGAAGAGGCAUCAGCAUGGGCGGGCAGACAGCAGCACCAAUAGGAAAGAAGCAUCAGCAUGGGUGGGCAGAUAGCAGCACCAACAGGAAGAAGCAUCAGCAUGGGCAGGCAAACAGCAGCACCAAUAGGAAAGAAGCAUCAGCAUGGGCAGGCAGGCAGCAGCACCAACAGGAAGAAGCAUCAGCAUGGGCAGGCAAACAGCAGCACCAACAGGAAGAAGCAUCAGCAUGGGCAGGCAAACAGCAGCACCAACAGGAAGAAGCAUCAGCAUGGGCAGGCAGACAGCAGCACCAACAGGAAGGAAGCAUCAGGAUGGGCGGGCAGCAUCAGCCACAGUGGACAGGCCCCAGCAGCAACAAAUCAGAUGACUCUAAUGUUCGCUAAGUCUGAAAACCACCAGAACCAACUGAUUUCAUGAUUUGGAAGCUGCCUUAAAAAUGUCCUCUCAUCCGGCAGCCACGCGAAGAUCAGGCUGCCUACUUCAGCACUUGGAUCCAUUAUCCUGCUCCUUAGAAAUUUUGCCGACAAAUACUCACUUUCACAUUAAUGGAAGUAAAUCGCCGUUCUUCUAACGAAGGCCAGUGUCAGCGGUACUUGGAUGGAACCUGAUUUCUUCCCGUUUGCAAGGCUGGCGGGGGCAUCUGGCACGCACUUGCCCGUUAUUAAAUCACUUAUUGAGCA